AUGACCAUGGAUCCCCGCGACGCUGGCAGCGAUGACGACGAGGCCGGCACGGCGAUUCUGGCCAAGGACGGACAUGAGAGCCGGCCGCUGCUGUCGGGGGAGUCGGAGCAGGCAGGAUCGUUACCCUUCUUGUCCCCGCCAUCGCCCGCUCGCCGCACUCCCCCGCUGCGGGCCCUCCUGACGCUGAUGCUGCUGACCAGCCUGGCCACGAGCCUGUACCAGCUGCCGGCCAGCCGGGUAAUUGAGCGGCGGCUGUGUCUGGAGCACUACCAGACGCACGACCCGUCGCGCAUCCGGCCGGACGGCAGCGUCGACGAGGCCGCCUGCAAGAUCGACAGCGUGCAGCGCGGCCUCGCCGGUCUGCAGGGCGUCAUGGAGACGGCCUGGGUCGUGGGCGACUUUGCCGUCACCGUGCCGCUGAGCUUUGCUGCCCAGCAGCGACAGGGACAACGGGGACGUCGCCGCGCCGUCCUCUGGCUCAACCUCGUCCCCCGGCUCGCCCUGCCGGCCUGGGCUCUCGCCGUGCUGCUCUGCGCCCGCGCCCUGCCGACGCGCGCCGUCGUCGCCGCCUCGUUCUUGUCCGUGCUCGGCGGCGACUGCGUGCUCGGGUCACUGGCCUACAGCCUCGCUGCUGGCCUGACUACCGAUCCGGUAGAGAGAGCAACCUACUUUGGCUACAUGGGCUCCAUCGCAUACGUCGUCGCCCUGAUUGGUCCAGCGCUGUCGGCUGCCACGAUGAGCGUCGCCCUGUGGCUGCCGCUCGCCAUGGCCGUCGGUCUGGUGCUGCUGUGCGUCCCGACGAUUGCACGGCUGCCCGAAGUGGAGGUCGACGUGGAGGUCGAGGACGUCCUGACCGGUCCAGCAUCCAGCUCGUCCUCCUCUCCAUCCCGGCCGCCCUCUCACUUUCGCCGCCUUGCCGCCGUCGUUCGCAGCCACCCGCGCAACUUUGGCCUGCUGCUCGUCGGCUUCCUGCUCUCGUCGCUGGCCAGCGCCGACACCCGCCUGCUGACCCAGUACAUCUCCAAGCGCUAUGCUUGGACCUUUGCCCAGGCCGGCUACCUGCUCUCAUGCAAGGCCGUCGUCAACUUUGUUCUGCUGGCCGUCGUCGUACCGCGGCUUCUGCGAGCACGGGCACGGGCACGGCGGACGGUCGCUCGCAUCCCCGGGGACGCCUCCUCCCUCGACAACACCCGCGACAACCUCCUGCUGGCCCGUCUCUGUCUCGGCGUCUCCGUCCUCGGCGCCGCCGCUAUUGCGCUCUCCUCCUCGAUCGCUAUCCUCGUGCCCGCCCUGCUCGUCUACGCCCUCGGGUCUGUGCUGCCCGUCUUCACGCUGUCGCUGCUCAAGUCACCUGCUAUCGUCCUGCCCGAAACAGUUGCUACGUCUGUCGCUGCAUCGUCUACCACCUCGGCCGCCCCCACUGACCCCGAGACCCAGAUCUUUGCUAUUGUCAUGCUAGCCAAGACGCUCGGCUCGCUUAUCGGUGCCCCGUUGAUGGCCGCCCUCUGGGUCUGGGGUAUCACCCUCGGCGGCCUAGCCCUCGGCCUGCCCUAUUUUGUCAGCGCUUGCUGCUACUCUGUCGCCAUACUCGUGCUUUCUGGAAUUGUUGUGGCAUAA